AGAGAGAGAAAGACAGAGAGAGAGAGAAAGAGAGAGAGAGAGAGAGAGAGAGAGAGAGAGAGAGAGAGAGAGAGAGAGAGUGUCAGUGUCUCUCUACCACCGUGAGAGAAAGAUGCAGCGGUUCAAACUUUCCCACAUUAAACUGUUGGACCAUAAAAGGACAAACGGAUCUGAAGCUGCAGUUUAACCCGCAGAGGAGCUCCUGUGUCCGGCUGCAGGCUGUGCGACCGCCCGCUGGGACCCACCGGAACCGAGCUGACCCGCACCUCCACCUGCUGCUGCUGCACGAGCUCCGGCACGAGCUCCCCUCAGCCAUGGGAUUCACUGGAGGGCACGAGCCCGAUCAAUACGGCUUCUCACGGAUUUAUAGAAAAAUACUCGGAUUGUUUAAAUCGCUUUAAAGAGUAAAAAAAGUAAAUUAAAGAGUGAAUAUUAAUUAAACAUUAAACGAUGAGUCUGUGGACUAACGGCUCCUCCGCGGAUCUUUACCCCGGGACGGAGGCGCCUCUGCCGGGCUCCAACUCCUCCAGCAACCGCUCAGACGGCUCGCAGCCCCGCGCCGCCCCGUUGGACCUGAGCCGGGCGGUGCCGGUGGGCAUGGUGCUCGCAUCCUUCAUCAUGUUCGCCAUCGUCGGGAACAUCCUCGUCAUCUUGUCGGUGGUUUGUAACCGACACCUGCGGAUCCCCACCAACUACUUCAUCAUCAACCUGGCCAUCGCCGACCUGCUGCUGGGGACCACCGUGCUGCCGGUGUCCGCCACCCUGGAGGUUCUGGAUUACUGGGUGUUUGGUCGGAUCUUCUGUGACAUCUGGGCGGCGGUGGACGUCCUCUGCUGCACGGCGUCCAUCAUGUCUCUGUGCGUCAUCUCCAUCGACCGCUACAUCGGCGUCCGCUACCCGUUGCAGUACCCGAUGAUUGUCACCGAGAAGCGGGCGCUGCUCGCCAUGCUGGGCGUCUGGAUCCUCUCCAUCGUCAUCUCCAUCGGGCCGCUGCUGGGCUGGAAGCAGCCGCCAUCGCAGGACGACACCGUCUGCCUCAUCACCGAGGAACCUUUCUACGCCCUCUUCUCGUCGCUCGGCUCCUUCUACAUCCCUCUCGCCGUCAUCCUCGCCAUGUACUGCCGCGUCUACAUCGUGGCCAAACGCACCACCAAGAACCUGGAGGCCGGCAUGAUGAAGGAGCGGCAGCAGGACUCCAACGAGCUCACCCUGAGGAUCCACUGCAGGAACCAGCAGAUCCAGGAGCUGUGCCCCGCCUCCAGGGCUGCAGGGGGCGGAGCCUCGGCCGGACGCAGCACGCUCACCGUCAAACUGCUCAAGUUCUCCAGAGAGAAGAAAGCUGCCAAGACGCUGGGUGUGGUGGUGGGCAUGUUCAUCCUCUGCUGGCUGCCCUUCUUCCUGGCUCUGCCCAUCGGCUCGUUCAACAGCAGCCUGCGUCCUCCUGAAACCUUCUUUAAAGUCAUUUUCUGGUUGGGAUACUUCAACAGCUGCCUGAACCCCAUCAUCUACCCCUGCUACAGCCGGGAGUUCAAACAGGCGUUCAUCCGGAUCCUCCGCUGUCGGUGGAAGAGGAAGCGUCAGGGCUGGCAGGCGUACUACAACUACCGCUGCCAGCAGGGCUCAAACAACUCGUCCUUCCUGAACGGCAGCCAGCAGACGCUGUCCUCCAUCAGCCCCAGCCCGCGCUGCGUUGCCUCCAGACUCCGCCCCCCGCCAUGGCCUUCCUCUUCAGACAGAGAACUCCUUCCAGGAUCGGCAGUCAGAGGACGGCCGAGCCCGGUGUCCCCGCUCGCUAAGGAUGCUGGGACAGGCAGCGCGGGGCGCGGGGUGGUGAGGAACGGUCGGAGCGUAAACAAAGAGGAGCAACAAGCCACCUCAGAGUAACCUGCUGCCUCAGGUGGCCACGCCCCCGAGAGAUAUGCACACGUAUCACUGCUGCUGUCAGGUGGUUGUGACUGUUCCCGCCUCCUCACCUGAACCACUGACCUCGGUACACAAACUGUUUGUACCAGCGGGUGGUUUCACCUCCACUGCACAUGUGCAGCAGAAACACCGAAUGAAACUAUUAAAAAGCAUCUUAAAUUAAAAAUGGAUCCAGUGUUCCUCAAAUUAAAAUGAAUCAAAAUAAGCGUAACAGGAAACUAAUUACAUGUAAUAUAUCUGAAAGUAGUGCAAACAUUUUUUUUUAUACUUUCACUUUUUGCUGUGUCGUUUCUUUAAUGUGGAAAUAAAUUCAUUAUUAAUUUAACUCUUAAAAUUAAAAUCAAUUAAAAUCACAGUAAAUCUAAUAAUGAAAUUACACUGAAAACAUUUUUUUGUACAUUUAUUUAUUGUUGAGUCAUUUUCUUCUUUAUUUAUUAUGUUAAAAAGCUCAAACUCCUAAAAUUAAGGAGUAAAAGUCAACAGGGAGCCGAACGGUGGAAAAUAAUUGGAAAUUUAAAGGUCAUUUUGAGACUUAUAUAUAUGAUAUAUAAUAUUUUAUUAUAUUUAUUUAUUGUGAUGUAAAAAUAGUUUUUUGUUGGUUAAACCUUUUAAAAUCACGAGACUUUCACUGCUUGUUAGCAUUGAGCUAACAAGCUAACUUACUUAUGAUGAUAGCUUGCAUGCUAAGCUCUAGCUAAACAAAGUAUCUUCUUUCUUUUAUUUGUUUAUUAUUUAAAGUGCUAAAGAAAAGUUACAAUUAAUUCAAAGUCAAAAACUAAAGAGAAACAGGAAACUUAAUAAAAUAAAACACUAUAUAUUUAGCAAACAAUUAGAACAAAAUGCUAGCUAACUAGUUAGCUUGUUCAUAUCAAUCAUUAGCUAGCUAGCUAACAGAGUAAAGGGUUGCUAACCUGCUAGUUGUAGAGUAGAUUAGCAAAUUAAUGAUUGAUUAUAGAUUAACUCUAAAUCCACCCAGAGUUGGAUCACAGCAGCACCUAGUGGACGUCAGAGGAAGUGCAGCUGGUUGGUGUGAACAGUGUUUUUAUAUCUGUGUGUGUGUGUUAUUGAUGACUGAUUGAUGAUCAGGUUGGAUCAAUACUGAAACACCAUCCGUCCAUCAGACAGAGCUGAAGGUGUAGUUCUGUUGUUGAUGGAGCUAGGCUAACCGUUUCCCCCUGCUCCCAGUCUUUAUGCUAAGCUACGUUAAUGCUGUGGACCAAUCUCUGUCAUUAAAAACAAUAAAAGUGUUUGUGCUGCUGCUAACAGGUGCUAACAGCUAAUCCAGUUUAUGGAGCCAACGUAAACACCACCAAUAAUAAUAAUAAUAAUAAUAAUAAUAAUAAUAAUAAUAACACAAAUACAUUGGGGUUUCUGUUUGUUGUGAUUGUUUCUAUUGUAAAUAUCUACGAAGGAUUUUAUCUGAAUAACAAUAAAAUGUUCUUUAAGUCAAUAAACAAUAAUCAGAUUUAAAAGUUAAAUAUUAUUAAAUAAAAACAAGAACAAAGUUUAACUGUUUUAUAUUUUAGCCUCCGUUUGAUUCAAAGACAUUAAAGUUAGUUUGUGAAUUCAUCAACAUUUUAUUAUUAAUAAACUUUAUUUCACCACAUUGAGUUUAAUAAACCGAUGUUGACUGUCUCUACACAGAGUGCUCCUCCUCCUCCUCCUCCUCCUCCUCCUCCUCCUCUUCCU